AUGCCAAAUUUUAUACUAUGCUUGAGUCAUUUCUGUGAAUUACAUGGUCCACAAAUCAUUGUCUGUACACAAGCGACAACCGAAGAUAAGACUCAAGAGUACCUACACACAUCAGUCUCAACUCAAGGUGCGUGUGCCUCAUGUCAAUUGUUUUUGCCAGACAACGCCGCCAGUCUCGUGACAAAUUCCAACUCAAAGUCAUUCAUCUCAACGGCUUAUCCCAGCUCUCAAAGACGGUAUGCGGCUUUAAAGAAAUUGAUGAUGAAAUCGUUGUCAGUAGAAACAGUAUCGGAUAUAACCAAGUCAAUGUUUUUCGGUGAUGCUGUAUAUGGCUAUUGUUUGAAUAAGAUUUUCAAGGUAUAUGACAUCAAUGCUAGAGGACAAGAAAGGAAAUAUAGCAUGAUGAUGGUGUGUGAUUCUGAAGCGGAUCUACUACAAAAUUGGGACGUUUUAACAUUGUACAUGAGUGAGUUUAUUGAUUUGAUACAGCAAAGGGUCUCUCAGACUAAUGAAAAGUCGCAUAAAUUAAACGGCGGUUCAGUCGUUGAUAAUGAGAGGUAUCUACGGAGAUCAAUGGCUCGACCAAAGUCUUUGCUAGAGCUCACCCAUGAUGAUCAAAUCUUUGUAAAAUAUCAUCUUUGGGCAGUUGAAACGUUGAAGGAUACGCUUAAAUGA